UGUGCGGAAGCAGCGUCUGUGCGCGGGUCGGCCCUCACCGCCUUCCCGUGGGACUAGGGGGAGCCCCCGGGCGCUGCCCGACCAGGUGAAAUGUUCUUCAUAUGCUGAAUUCCAGCUUGGGUUGUCUCGUUGCUGCACGUUCAGAACUCCAUAAAUAAGCAGGAAGUCAAGAUGAAGAGCAGGGUGACACAAGUAAAUCAUGGUUCUAGCCAUGAAAGGAAGGAAAACUACAGUUCCCGACAAGAAAGUUUGUCUCCAGAGGACAGGGAUAUGGAGCAUGAUGGGUCUCCAUCUCCCAGAAAGAGAAGAUACUCUGAUGACAGCAGAUAUGAUCAGGAAUAUUCCAGAAGGGAAUACUAUGAUGACAGAACUUCAGAUGGAAGAAGAAUGGAAAGGGGGAGAGAUAGACACUAUGACAGAUGGGAGGAGAGAGAAUAUGAUCGGAGGAAGCAGAGAAGGUAUUCAUCACCUGAUCGGAGGAGUCCAGAGAGGUCGACAGUUCAGAGCUCACUGGCUCAUGAUGAGGCCCCUUCAAAGAAGAAAAAAGAAGAAGUGGAUCCAAUCCUUACUCGCACAGGUGGUGCAUAUAUUCCACCUGCCAAGCUCAGGAUGAUGCAAGAGCAAAUCACUGAUAAAAAUAGCUUGGCAUAUCAGAGGAUGAGUUGGGAAGCCUUGAAGAAGUCGAUCAAUGGUCUUGUCAAUAAAGUGAACGUUUCCAAUAUAGAAAACAUCAUUCAUGAGCUGCUUCAGGAAAAUAUUGUUAGGGGAAGGGGAUUGCUGUCUAGAUCCAUUUUGCAAGCUCAGAGUGCCUCUCCGAUUUUUACUCAUGUUUAUGCAGCUCUUGUGGCAAUUAUCAAUUCAAAGUUUCCAAAUAUUGGUGAAUUGAUUCUCAAGAGGUUGAUACUAAAUUUUCGCAAAGGAUAUCGCAGAAAUGACAAGCAACUCUGUCUAACAUCUUCAAAAUUUGUCGCACAUUUGAUGAAUCAGAAUGUGGCUCAUGAGGUUUUGUGUUUGGAAAUGCUAACUUUGCUCCUUGAAAGGCCUACUGAUGACAGUAUUGAAGUAGCAAUUGGAUUUAUUAAAGAGAGUGGGCUAAAAUUAACAGAAGUUUCUCCUAGAGGUAUUAAUGCAAUCUUUGACCGUCUUCGACACAUUCUGCAUGAAUCUAAAAUUGAUAUGCGUGUUCAGUAUAUGAUAGAAGUCAUGUUUGCUGUACGGAAGGAUGGCUUCAAGGAUCAUCCAAUUAUUCCAGAGGGAUUAGAUCUAGUUGAAGAGGAGGAUCAGUUUACUCAUAUGUUGCCAUUAGAAGAUGACUACAACCCAGAGGAUGUUCUUAAUGUUUUCAAGAUGGAUCCGAACUUUAUGGAAAAUGAAGAGAAAUACAAAACACUGAAGAAAGAAAUUCUUGAUGAAGGUGACACUGAAUCUGAAGGAGAUCAAGAAGCUGGAAGUAGCGAGGAAGAUGAAGAAGAAGAUGAAGAAGAGGAUGAAGAUGGCCAAAAAGUUACUGUUCAUGACAAAACAGAAAUUAACCUGGUCUCCUUCCGUCGUACAAUUUAUCUUGCUAUUCAGUCGAGCUUAGACUUUGAAGAAUGUGCUCACAAACUGCUGAAGAUGGACUUUCCUGAAAGUCAGACUAAAGAACUCUGCAAUAUGAUACUUGACUGCUGUGCUCAGCAAAGAACAUACGAGAAAUUCUUCGGGUUACUGGCUGGGCGUUUCUGCAUGUUAAAAAAAGAAUACAUGGAAUCCUUCGAAGCUAUUUUCAAAGAACAAUAUGAUACCAUUCAUCGUUUGGAAACGAACAAACUGAGAAAUGUUGCCAAGAUGUUUGCUCAUCUACUAUACACUGAUUCAAUUCCCUGGAGUGUCCUUGAAUGUAUAAUACUGAGUGAAGAAACUACCACGUCCUCCAGUAGAAUUUUUGUCAAAAUAUUCUUUCAGGAACUCAGUGAAUAUAUGGGACUUCCUAAUUUAAAUGCAAGAUUAAAAGAUGAGACACUGCAGCCGUUCUUUGAGGGAUUAAUGCCUCGGGAUAACCCAAGAAACACUCGCUUUGCCAUCAAUUUCUUCACUUCAAUUGGCCUUGGAGGACUAACGGAUGAAUUACGGGAGCAUCUUAAAAAUGCACCAAAGUUGAUUAUGACACAGAAGCAAAAUGUUGAAUCAUCAGAUUCCUCUUCAUCUUCAGAGACAGACUCUUCCUCAGAUUCUGAUUCUGAUAGCAGCAGUACUAGCUCAGAGUCAUCCAGCAGCAGUGACUCCUCAUCUAGCAGUGACAGCAGCAGUGACUCAGAUGUUUCUAAAACCAGAAGAAGGAGAAUGCAGAAGAAAAAUAGAGAAUCCAAUAAAGUUUCCAGGAAAAAGCAAGGAAGGAAAAGGAAAUCCAUUGAAAAGAAAAUGGGAAGGAGGCAUCAAGAGGAAAGAACUGAUACUGAGAGCAAAUCAGAAAGAAAUCACCGACAUUUAAGAGAAUCACACAGAGAUGAUGUGUCUAAAUAUCAUCACAGAGAUGAGUCCAAUGGCAGAGAUGGUUACCAUAGUGGAAAAGAUAAGAACCAUGACAGAACUAAGGAUCUAGAAAAUAAACACAGUAAUUCAAAAGUUAAGAAAGCAGACAGAAGAGCUUCUUUGUCUGAUGAUGAAAAUUACAGACACUGGAGCAAAGAUAAUGGACAUCGCAGUAGAAAAAGAGAAAGAUCGAAAUCCAGAGAGAGAGAACAGAACGAGGAGAGGGAGCCCAGGAGGAACGAGGAGAGGGAGCCCAGGAGGAACGAAGAGAGGGAAUCCAGAAAGUAUGAGGACAGACAAAGGGAGAAUUCCCCACAUAGACGAAAAUGAAGCCCAAACACGGUUUGAAAUAAAUGUGCAUUUCUGAGCUGUUAAGACUGUAUUUUAAAAUCUAUUACUGAACUUUCUUUAAAAAAAGAUUUUGUACAGAGUGAUAGUUUGCAUUUGUAAAUUUUACCAGACUUUUUCAGAUUUUCUGUACCACUUUUUUAUAACUGUAUGAUUAAGUUUUUCUGUUAAGUUCUUCCUUGGGAAAGACAAAGCUCUUUAUUUUGUGAAUAAAACCAUUAAGAUAUCGGCAAAAUGGGUGUUUUGUCACUUAGUUUCAAGUAUUUGUGAUUGUAAGUUUACUGUCCAAAACAACAUUAUUUUUUAACUUUGCUGUUAAUUCAAAGUCAGAUGCUGAGGCCAAGGUGAUAAACAACAAAUUUCAGAUUACAGUGUGAAUGUUACAUGAGAAAACUGUAUAAAAAUUUUCAAACAGGCAUUCUAUUUGUGUAUAUUCUUCCAACUAUACAAACAUGAAAAAAAAUUCAGUAAAUGUUUCAGUUGAUUUUUUAAAUUGAAACCCCAGUGUUUCUGUUUUAAAUGUCACAUGUGAAAGUGUGUCAACUUGUUCUGUUACUUUUCACAAUGUUUUUUAAUAUUGUGACAUCCUGAGCUAGUUACACUUGGGAUCUUAGGGGGGAAAAAUGGUUAGGUUGGGGUUUAUUUUUUUAAAUAUGAAUUUGAUUUUAAAGUCAUAGAGUUCAACUCUACCACUACACAGGAAUUGUUUAAGGAACAUCUUUCCGAGUAU